AACCUUCAGUCCAUCACCCACUCCUACUAUCUAAAUCAUCCAUAUUUGGCACCCAAAGACAAUGACUUCUCUCAUCAAGAACACACUCACAAUCACCUUCUACUUCAUACUCUCUUCAUCCCUUUUGCAUCCCUCCAAUGGAGCAUUUUCCGAGGAGAUUUCGGAAGCCAUAUCGAUGAAACGAAUGGAGAAAACGACACGCUUCCAUUUCUUCUUCCACGAUAUCCACAGCGGCAAAAGUCCAUCCGCAAUCAAGAUCGCAGGAACCCCAGACUCAAGCCUGUUUGGUGACACGUUUAUGAUGGAUAACACAUUGACCGAACACCAAGAGGGGACAUCAAAAGUGGUCGGAAAAGCGCAAGGAAUGUAUGCAUUUGCAGCCAAGAAUGAGCCAGCAUUACUUAUGGUGCUAAAUUUGGAGUUCACUCAGGGAGAGUUCAAUGGUAGCAGUCUAAGUGUGCUAGGACGGAAUCCGGUGAUGGUUGAUGUGAGGGAGAUGCCGAUAGUAGGUGGAAGUGGGCGGUUUCGGUAUGCCAGCGGGUAUGCUUUAGCUCAUACGGUUUGGUUCGAGCCUAAGACGAGUGAUGCCAUUGUUGAAUACAAUGUUUAUGUGAAACAUUACUAGUGGUUAAAUGAGGUUUUGAUAACUAAUCAUCUUUAAGUGUUGUGUGUUUGUUUUCUUUGUUAAUUUAACAUUGUAUGCAUGCAUAGAAGAUAUGCAAGUAAUCUUUUAUAUUUUACCGGAUG